AGUGGACGAGUUGGCGAUUCUCUGCAAGUCGCGUGAGGAUGCGCGCGGGAGACGCUCGGCUUGCUAUACGCUGCAAAAUGUUCGGGCUCUAGAGUCCGACCUUCGGUGUUUGGGGACUUGGUAAAAAAAAAAAGGUUGUGGGAUAAGCACUGUGGCUUGUUGGCGGUCGACCAUCUUCCUUCGUUCGGCAUGAUGUCGUUUUCUUAUCAUUCCCUCUAUCUCAAUGAUUUUGCGUAUCGUUGAUGACACCUUCAUACGGUGUUGUUACUAUCUUGCUGGUAUCCUGCUAUGGAACAUCGCUUUUACGAGGUCAUGGUUCUUUGAGCAAGCCAAUCUCGUUGCUCGAUGUUGAUACCGAAAGGCUUAGACUAAAUAUUAUCAGUAGGGCAGAAGCACAUUCUUCUGCACCCCAUGUCGCGGAAGGAGGUCGGUUGUUGGUGCCCCGGUGUAAUUUGAUAUUAUUGGCCGCAUUCUUUCGGAAGUAUAUUGGCGGGACCAUGGGGUCAUGCAGUUGUAACGGUCGUCGCGCGAGAGUCAUAGACCAUUUAGCAAACACUAUCGUACCGCGUUCAAUGUGGCUGUGCUAAUGAGUGCCAAUGAGUAGGGUUACGCGUUGCGGGUAGUCCGAGGUUCCUGCCAGAACGCGU